AUUUUUAAAAAAUUGCUUUUCCCAUUAACAAACCUUUUUAAAAAUAAAGGGAAAAACAAAAAAAGGAAAGUUAUUUUUUUUAAGAUUCAAAAAACCUUAUUUUUGGGCAGGUUAAUUACAAGCCAUUUCAAAAUUAUAAAACUGUUUUUAUUAUUACAAUUAUAAUUGAAUUCAUAAGAUAUCCUGAAGCAUAAUCAAUCUUACUUUCGAUGCAGUCAUUUUUUUAAUUUAACCUACUUGAUCCUCUUUAGACCAGUAAAAUCAAAUUUUGAAUAAGCAAAGUUAAUUUGUAGAGAAGUAAUACUAUUAAUCAACACAGGAUCAUUUUUAGUUUAUAGUUUAGAAUUAAAUGAUGAAGAAUAUAUAAUUUAUGGAUGGAUAAAUAUAGGUUUGUUUUCUUUUUUAAUAGCCUUUUCCUUGGUAGUUGACAUCUUCGAGUAAGCGAAAAUAGCCUAUUCUAACCAUCUAAAGAAAGAAAAAAUGAAAGAGAAAAUGAGAAUUAUGAGAUACUUUUACAAUCCAUUAUAAAAAUUUAUUGAUCUAAAGAAUUUUGACAUAGAAAAAAAAAAAUGA